CACGCCUCGGUUGCUGCGGUGCUCGCGCAGUUAAGAGCUGUUUGUGUAAUUGGUGUAAGCGUGAAUGCAAAAUGGGAAAGUUAGUUUUCAUCUCGAUUGUCAUAGCCGCUCUGUCGGCGCUGAUUGGAGAGAGGUUCGUCAACUUGAGGAGGAUCACCCUCGCAUCCAGAGAGCUGGUGCAGAAUCACCUCCCCAACUGUGUCACACUUAAAAAUCUGGAUUACGGUUCAGAGGAUAUCACGAUCCUGGGUAACGGGCUUGCUUUUAUCAGCACUGGUCUGAAGUAUCCUGGAUUCCCGCCUUCGGAUGCGACAUCAAAGAUCUUUGCCCUCGAUAUGAAAGAUCCUCGGAUGAAACCAAUGGAGCUGCGCAUGCCAAGAAGCUUUGAUCUGGAUUCAUUCAACGCUCAUGGCAUCAGUGUAUACAGCGAUCCUAGUGAUGGCACAGUAUACCUAUUUGUUGUCAAUCAUCCUCACCACAAAAGCCAAGUAGAGCAGUUCAAAUUUCUCGAGGAUGACUUCUCUCUGGUGCAUGUGAAAACCAUCAAACAUGAACUUCUGUACAGUGUGAAUGAUAUUGUUGCAGUGGGAGUCGAAGCCUUCUAUGCAACCAAUGAUCACUACUUUACCCAUCCAAUCUUUAAAGGGAUAGUAGAGCCUUUUCUGGCUCUGCCUUGGUCUAAUGUUAUGUACUACAGUCCUGAGGAAGUAAAAGUGGUCUCUGAAGGAUAUUACUCUGCAAAUGGCAUCAAUAUCUCACCAGACAAAGGGCAUAUAUAUGUAGCAGAUGUGUUUGACCACAAUGUGCAUGUACUGGAGCGUAAAGAAGACAAUGCAUUAGUCUCUGUGAAGUCCGUGGCUGUGGGUUCCCUUUGUGACAACAUUGAAGUUGACCCUGAAACUGGUGACCUGUGGUUAGGCUGUCACCCUAAUGCAUGGAAGCUUGUCAUGUUUGACGUCAAGGACCCACCUGGAUCAGAGGUCAUCCACAUCCAGAACAUUCAUUCUGAUCAGCCAGUUGUGACUCAAGCAUACGCUGACAAUGGUGAAGUGAUCAUAGGCUCUUCUGUAGCAGCUACCUAUGGGGGAAAGUUGCUCAUUGGGACUAUGUUCCAUAAAGCCAUAUGCUGUGAUUUGAAGUAGAUAAUCAGUGUUACACAUAUGGUUAUAAGAAGAAGAGUUUAAACAAAUAAAGAUUUACCUAUUUGCAUUGUUCUCAGUCCAACAGUGCAAUGAUAUUACAGAUCUUAAGAAAAAUGUACCCUGUUGUACUAGACAGGAUCUGAUAAGAGACCCAGAAAAUCUCUCAGCUGGUUUAAGAGUCCCUGCUGGAGGAGCUGGAGAAAGAUGGGUGGAUGCUAUUUUCCUGAUUUUAUAGCAAUGAUCCCUGGGUAUGACAGCAUAUUUGAAAAUGGUGUCAGACACAAAAGUUGAUGAACUGCCCAGAUACUUGAACCACUAAGAAAUGACUACUUUUAAAGCAAAAAAAAAAUUCUAUUAAACAUGUAAAAAAAGUUUCUAUAAUUGUUGUAUCAUGUACAUGUUUCAUGUAUUUGAAUGUGAAUAAAACCACGUGUGCUCAAACGGA